AAGGACUUCUGGUCAGCCCCGGGACGGCGGGCCAGGCACUGGACGGUGCAGCAGCAAAGCUGCCCGCGCACCCAGGGAGCCGCAGCGGGAAUUGGGGUCCGGGUGGGAAGCAGACGCGGAACCGGGGAGAAGCGGUAGCGUAGGGGGAGAGUCCGGAGAGCUGAAACCGAGGGGAGGGGGCGCAGUGUCUGGGACUGAGCGGAUUUCGCCCCGCGCGUCCAGCGCGCCGUCCCGGAGCCACCAAUCCCGGAGCGUCCUCUCCGAGGGGGAGCAGUGGCUCUCGGCCCUGCGGCCCUCGCCACCUGCUCUCGGCAGCCUCAAGGAAGGGUCUUCGGCCAAGGACAGGAACCUGCGGCCAUGGCCGAGGCCACAGAGCCAGACCGGGGCGCCGCGGGUCCCCAGGAGCCGCUGGAGGGCCCAGCGGUUCUGGCCGAGACACCAGGCGAGCCAGGGGCCGCGGACCCGGAGGCGAAGGGGGAGGACGCGAUCGAGGAUCCCACGGGGACGCGGGGGGACGAAAGGGCGGGCGCAGCCGCGACGGCCGCGCUGAAGGAGGGAGAAGACGCGGGGCCAGACGGGGGGCGCGGGGGCGAGCUGGAGCCCAGCGCCUGCAGUGAGCCUGGGGGCGAGACGCCGGGCGCGAGCGGAGCGCAGGGUGAGGCGGAGGCCCCGGAGGGCGACAGCGCCCCCCAGGGAGGGGAGGAGGCGAGCCCCAGGCGCGACUCGCGGAGCGGGGCCCUGGGAGAGGCUCAGGGGGAGCCCGGGGAGCCCGCGGUCCCCAAGGCAGAGGAGGAGGCGGGGCGCGGGCCGGAGGAACCGGGAAGCAGCGCGCCCGCGCCCGGGGCCAGCGAGGACCCCGAGGGGCCGCCGGGGGCCUGCAUGGAGGCGGAGGGGCUGGCGGGAGGGGCGCCCGGGGCCGAAGGGGAGCCCGGGGACCUAGGGGGCAGCAGCCCUCAGCCUCACGCAGAGCCGAUGGAGGCUGCGGUGGCGGAGAGCGGGGGCUGCAGCCGCGGGGAGCUCGCAGGGCGGCUUCAGGGUGCAGAGGUGGGAGCUGUGGAGGAGCCUGGGGCCUCGGGGAUGGAGAAACCCGAGGAAGCGGCCCCCGGGGACUCGAGGGCAGACGCCGGCGGGGACGGGGACCCAGAGGGCCCCCAGGAGGAGGAGGAGGAGGAGGGCCCAGAGAAGGAGAAGCGGGAGCGCAGCCCAGAGGGGCCAGGCCAGGAGGGUCCCCCUGACGGCAGCGCGGCCGGAGAGGCGGUGGCGCAGACCCGGGAGACCGGGGCUGCGGAGCUGAGCAACCACCUGGCGGAGGAGGACAGCGCCGAGGGCUCGGACGGGGCCGCGGGCGAGAACGGCCGCGGGGAGGACAGCGAGGCCUCGGAGGAGGGGGUCCACGGCCAGGACCACGACAUCACGCUCUUCGUGAAGGCCGGCUACGACGGCGAGAGCAUCGGAAACUGCCCGUUCUCCCAGCGCCUCUUCAUGAUUCUCUGGCUGAAGGGCGUUAUAUUUAAUGUAACAACAGUGGACCUGAAACGGAAACCCGCGGACCUGCAGAACCUGGCUCCCGGGACCAACCCUCCUUUCGUGACUUUCGACGGGGAGGUGAAGAUGGAUGUGAACAAGAUCGAGGAGUUCCUGGAAGAGAAAUUGGCUCCCCCGAGGUACCCCAAGCUGGCGACCCAGCACCCCGAAUCUAACUCUGCAGGAAACGACGUGUUUGCCAAAUUCUCAGCGUUUAUCAAAAACACCAAGAAGGACGCCAAUGAGAUUCACGAGAAGAACCUGCUGAAGGCCCUGAAGAAGCUGGACAACUACCUGAACAGCCCCCUGCCCGACGAGGUGGACGCCGGCAUUGCGGAGGAGGUGGCGGUGUCGGGGCGCAAGUUCCUGGACGGGGACGAGCUCACGCUGGCGGACUGCAACCUCCUGCCCAAGCUGCACGUCAUUAAGAUCGUGGCCAAGAGGUACAGAGAUUUCGAGUUUCCCUCCGAAAUGACCGGCCUCUGGAGGUACUUGAACAACGCCUACGCCAGGGACGAGUUCACCAACACGUGCCCGGCGGACCGGGAGAUCGAACGCGCCUACUCGGACGUGGCCAAGAGAAUGAAGUGACGCCGCCGAGGGGCUCGGUCGGACCCCUCCGCUGCGUGCGGGCCGGGCCACGCACGCAAAGAGCGUUCUUCCUGUUUCCCCGCGACACCCGUGCUCGGCGAAAGGACGCCCGCGCUUCAACAACGCCUCCCCACAGGGGGACCCACUCCGCGCCGCGUGCCCGGGGCCCGCGAGCUGGCAGCUCACUGGGGCAUCCGAGCCGCGCCAGCCGGGGCGCCCGCCCACGCCCACCGUCCAGCUCGUCCUCGCUGACGUUGCAUCUAGGGCGCGUGCUCUGCAGUUUUAAGUUUCCGAGCAGGUUAGGUUAGGGACCGCCCCCUCCUCUGAUUGGACGGCAGUGGUCUGUCCCCCAUAGUUCCGUAGUCGCGGUUAGCUCGCUUUUCUCCUCUGGAACGGCACUUGCACUUUUUUCAGAAUGAAAACACGGUUUUUGUAAUCACAGAGUAAUGUGCACCCCUGUUAACAGUUUAAACCCAUGUCAGAGAGUAUCGAGAUGGAAGAAGAAAAAUCGCCUGAAAUCUCACCACUGUUCGUAACUGCUGCUGACGUCCUGGUGAACCCUUCCAAACCCGAGGGUCUCACUCCUCCUCCCUCACACGGCUUGGUUCCCAGGCAGCAUUGCUCUACUAUUCUUCUUUAAGAUUUUAUUUAUUUGCUUUUAGAGAGGGGGAGAGAGGGAGAGAGAGAGGGAGAGGUAAACAUCAAUGUGUGCCCCUUGUGCGCCCACUGCUGGGAACCUGGCCCACAACCCCGGCAUGUGCCCUGACUGGGAAUCGAACUGGUGACCCUUUGGUUUGCAGGCCUGCAUUCAGUCCCCUGAGCCACACCAGCCAGGGGCUGCUGUGCUUGGUAUUAAAGGACUGGGGAGGGGACCUCCUGGCGAGGCCCGGAUGGCCAUCUGCAGGGGACCUGGAGCAAGCCGACAGGUGGGGGCUGCAGAGCUGCAGAGGAGGCUUGCGACUGGUUUCUUGGGGGUGGAGAACUGUGGGGCCCACAGACCGGCAGGGACCAGAAGCCGUGGGUGGUCCUCACGCUGCCCGGUCACCACCUCGGCACUGUCCCUGGCGCUGGGGGUGGGGGACGGCGGAGGAGAGCCUGCCCUCGUCUUCCCUUCCAGUCUCCUGCCCGGGGCUUUCUCUGCUCCCGCCCGUCUCGUGGAGGAGACACCCCCGGAGAGCUGCCGGGCUCCUCUGCCAUUGGCACACCUCACAGACGCCCCCUUCUCCGGGCACGGCGAGGGGUCCACACCAACACGCUCGUUGAAACCAAGGCCACGUCAGCUCCAGUGGCGAUUCGUGUGAACGACAGCAAAACACACUCACGUAACUGCUGCGUGAUUCAGCGAAAACGUGGGAGAGCGGGAGGAAGUCCUGGCACCCUCCACGUCUCACCCCCCAACACCGCCCCGUCGGCGUAGGGGUCAGCCUUUGAGGACGCGUGUGGGGACCUGGCGUGUAGACUCGGGACGUGGGUUGGCGACCGCUUGUAACUAGUGUUCACUCUGUAGUUUUAGACGCGAAAGAUGAUCUACCUACACUCCAUGUGCCUUAAAAAUGAAAUAAAUUAUAAAAAUGUUUACAUGGAACCAAA